AGUAAUCAUUACAAUUGUAUGACUUAUUGUUUAAAAUAACAAAGACGACAUCAGCAAUGUGUUGAAAUGUUCACUAAAGAUAUGAUUUGUUUGAAAUAUAUAUUUUCAAUGAGGAAUAUGUAACAAGGAAGAAUAAGUCCUCCAAUCGGGACCGUAUCUGGAGCAGAGAGAGAAAUAAACUUACCUUAUCGUGUGCGCAAAACAUAAGCAGUUGAAUUCAGAUAGUGAAAAGGGUUCAUUGCGACUGAUGUCUACAGUAAAUGCAAAAUAGAAGUGUGCGUGGCAUAAGACGGUUUGCAUAAGACGGUUAGCCCGAUAACAUAUGAAAGGUUCUUGCAGCGUGAAGUGAUACGAUUUAUGAGCCGAUACGAAUUAAGGAGUAUAUUUUUGUGUGCAAUAUUUGUUGCUUGGGUAAUUGUAUCUAGCAUCGGAAAUUUAACUUGCAUCGUUUCGCAUUAAAUUUCAACUUCAGAUAUACCAGCAAAAACAAUUGAAUAAGAAAUACGUCGAUGAAUAUCGAUUUGAAACACUAUGUAUGGUGUUAUGUUAAAUUCGUGAUUCGUGACUGUGAAAACGAACGGAGAGGAUUAUUAUGUGGUUUUAAAAUGUACUUAAUAUUUCUAAGAUAUAAACUACUGUUAGUUAAAACAUUAACAAAUUAAAGUACCAUAUAGUAGCCCAUAGAAAACGUGAAGAAGGUUCGAUUAGAAGAGAGGGAAUUCGACUUUUGGCUUGUGUAAUACCUCAAAAAAGUAAACAUGUUUUCAAGAUUGUUUAAGCACAAAGAAAACCGAAUACUGGACCGAAUUUUGCACGACAAACACGUGCGGUCGCCGUUCAUCGCAUCGUUCUUAACCGGCAAUGGUAUGGCAGCAAGACAAGUGUAUAUUGAGGAAAAAGUCUGCAAGACAAUACGUUUCGUGCGAAUAGAAGUGGUGCCGGAUCCUUGUAUUACCGACCCAUUAUUGCUGAUUGAACGCAAGCAAUAUGAAGGUGUGCAGUUCUGUAUUCCUAUUCAAUUCCACGGACUACUGAAGAGAUGUCGCAAAGCUAUUUCAUCUAUUGAAGAGAUACCCGAAGUAGGAGUAUGCUCGGUAGUUCUUAGAGAAAACGCCUUGCUACUUAACGAUGGGGAUCAUGCAGCCGUAUACGUCCCUUCCAAAACUAUUCUUGCAGUGGUCUCACUGGAAAAGGACCACGAAAACAAAUUAGUUAAAGCCGUAUUUCAGGACAUUACAGGCAACAAAUACAUCGCGAAAGACGUCACUCCGUUGGUAGCCUAUAUUCUUGUCCCGGUAAAACGCAUGACCUUAGAACAGUACAUCAAUGGUGACAAUCUUAGACACUCGACGGUGGUGACACUUGAUGACAUAGAUGAACAUGAUGUGGCAUCAAAUGAUCCUAUGGAAUUCAAAAAGUUGAAAACAAUUCUUGCGGGUCAGGUUCGAGUAAAAGCAGUUGAGGCGUUUGAUUUCGUCGUCGCCUUUACGGAUAACGAAAGGGGUCAUGCAGUCUUGUUGAUACCGAAAGAAAAAUUAAAAGACAUUAGUGCGAAACUAACCACUUUUCCAUCAGAUAUUGGCAAGGCGGAUUUCAUUUGCAACCAUUUCCAAGGUUGCUCCUAUGAUGCAGUUAUUACUUCGAAACUUUACACUAUUGAUCCUAAAAAUAACACGAUAUGCCAUUUUUCUGUAACAACUCCUUCUCAAUUAGAUAAUGUGUAUGAGCCAGAUCCCACAUGGGUCUCAAACCAUUCACCUAAAACCAGUUUUAACCCGCGUAAACAACGCUUUGACAGUACGCCCAUCGCAACAACGAAGCACAUCGAUCCUCGAAAGUCAAAAAGUGAAAGUGAUGAAAUAACAGAGGAUGAUGUGUACGAACUGGUUGAAAGUGAUCAUUUCAACGAAUUAAAAAUUGCAGACCAUACGCAACAAAGUAAAGAUAACUCGAAAAUGAUGAGGCACACUGUGUCACAAGACUCGUUCCGUCACGGUCAUGACAAUAGCAAGAUCAAUGAUGAACUGGUAAAAUCACAUUUAGGUUUAAGCUAUAACCCACAAAUGCAAAUGAGAAGACGCGUUUCAUAUGACGAUGAGGAUAAAUGCGGUGAUGAAUCACUAUAUUUAUCACCAUUAAGUAGACGAGACAUUGAAGUAUUUACGAGGCUUCCAAAAAGCAAAGAAUCUAAUACUCAUAACAGUUAUGAUCAUAAAAAUAGUGAACAUUCAAAUGAUGACGGGAUGGAAGAUUGUCUGUACAUGCCAAUGGACGGAACAUGUAGUCUCCAGAAUAGUAAAGAUAAUGAUGACGUUGAAGAAUCAGAGUAUGUAGCGCAAAUACAAUAUCUUCAAGGGCAAGCUGGUAAUUAUGAAGAAACUGACGACGAUAAAUCAUUAAAAAAUGUAAAGGCGCAUACAGGUGAUUGUGACGCACCUGGUGGUGAACUAUCAAUGGAGCGUGCUCAUACUCCAACUGGUGAUUAUGUAGACACUGAUGAUGUGGAAGCGUUGAAACUUGCCCAAGGGUCAACUCGUGAUUAUGUAGCACCUGACGAUGUAAAGGCUUUGAAAAAUGUUCAAGAUCUAGUUGGUGAUUAUGAAAACCCGGAUUACAUAGAAGAGCUUAGGCAAACUAGCAACCAAAUGAACAGCAGCGCUUGUAGUCGGAAACAAUAUCGUCAUGAUCGUAGUAACUAUGUUAAUUCUGAUUACAGUACUGUGGCUACGGAAGAAAAGAACGACGACGUGUUUGAAAAGGGGGCGGUAUAUAUCUCCGAUGAUCAUCUAUAUGACGCUCCAAAGUAUUCAAGGCAUUCUGCAGAAGUAUUAAACAAUGAAUGUGAAUCUGAUUGCCAAAUAUACGACGCUCCACCUUCUUUAAGAUCUUUGUCAGAAGACUUAAUAAAGAGUGACUUUGAAUCCGAGUGUCAAGUAUACGACGCUUCAAAGUCUACGAAGUCUGUGGCUGAAAACUUCAUAAACUUUAGAAUGGAAUCUGACUGUCAAACACACGACACACCAAUGUCGUCUAGGUCUAUGACUGAUGUAAACGACGCUCCAAAGUCUUCGAGAUUUGUGACUGAAGGGUUAAUAAAAAAUGACACUGAAUCUGAAAGUGAAAAAUACGACGCUCCAAAGUCUACACGGUAUGUGACUGAAAACUUAAUAAAAAUUAAAAGUGAAUCUGACAGUCAAAUAUACGUAGCGCCAAAGGCUUCAAGGUCUAUCUCUGAGUUAUACGACGCUCCAAAGUCUUCAAGAUCUGUGAAUGAGACAGAAGAGCUCCUAAACAUAGAUCCUGAAUCUGACAGUCAAAUAUAUGACGCUCCAAAGUCUACAAGGUCUGUGACUGAGAACUGUGUAGACAUUAAAAGUGAAUCUUACGGCGACAUACACGACGCGCGACAGUCUUCAACGUCUAUUUCUGAAUUAUACGACGCUCCAAAGUCAUCCCGGUAUGUGACUGAGACUAAAGCGUUCAUUAACAGUAACACUGAAUCUAACGACCAAGUAAUCGACGCUCGAAAAUCAUUGGGGUCUGUCACUGAAUUAUACUACGCUUCAAAUGCUUCAAUGUCAGUGACAGAAGACUUCAUACAGAGUGAAUGUGAAUCUGACUGUGUAUUAUACGAUGCACCAAAGUCACCAAGGUCUGUAAAUAAACACUUAUUAAACAGUAAGAGUCAGGCGGACAGUCUAAUAUACGACGUUCCAAAAUCAGCUCUGCUUAUUACUGCAGAGUCUACUGCCAGAGAAAGUAGCUGUGAUACUGCAAAUGAAUUUGUUUCUAAAGCUGGAUAUUAUAAUGAAAUUGCCGAGUACGUUAAUUUAGGUUCAUUUCACAGAGAAGGUGGAGUAAGAUUGUCUUAAAAGGGUAUAUUUGUAAAUUGACAUUUUUCAUUUCCAUUCAAAAGUCAAACAUGCAAUAGGAGCAAAAACAGGACAAAGUAAAGUAUUGUUAGUAUCGGUUUGUUUAUUUAUAAUCAUCAAUCCAAAUGGAUUUGUGAUCGUAUGUGACUCUGUUACUUUGUAUUUUUGGUAAAUACAUACAUCACAAGAAUAGCGCUUAAAGUACAAAAUCAAAUGUUAAAGUCUGAAUGGCGCAGUGGUUUGCGUAUGAGCUUUUUUAAGCGCAAAGGUUCAGGUACAAAUCUUGCGACGGAAUGUUUACCUUAUAUUAUUAAAUAAACGUUACGCUUUUAAUGUUUCCAUAGACUCAAGUCUUUGCAAUACUAGUCCAUUUGAUAAACGAAUUAUGAUCGUGUACAGCUAAAACCUGAUGUAAACUAGAAGAAAUUACACAUAGGCAUAAUCGUUAUCGUCAAAGUUCACACAAAGCAAACAACACAAACCUUAAUAAUCAUGCUUAAAAUAUUAGGUUAAUGAAUUAAUAUUGUGCCAUUGUUAACAUUGUUUUUUUACAGUUUCGUGUUUUUACAUGACAAUGUUGCUCAAAUAUUAUUUUGUUGUACACCAUUUGCCAUUUGUAUAAUUGUUCAAGUAAAGUUUUUUCAGUCAAA